AUGCGGUAUUCCAAGGGUGACCUCCCUAUCCUUAACGCCGAGGUUUAUGAUGAUGGCCCCGCGUUUGGCUCCACGAAACGAUUAGCGGCGACACGGAAGAAGCAGGCAUCCUCGUCAUCUCGUGAUCCCGAAGACGGCCCGCGGAAACGGGCAAGGGCGCAGGCCGCCGACACCUCUGAACAUGAAGAUGAGGCCAAGAGGGCAAGGGGCCGGCCGCGUCUGGACACCAAGGACGAGACAGCCGCCGACACACUGGAGAAAAAGGUCCAAGGCCUCAAGGAUACCAACGAAGAGAUGAGCAACGCAUUCAUGCAGCUCCAUGAUUUUGCCUUAAGCAGCGGCGUGCUAGACCAGCUCCCCGAAUUCGGCCGCCAGCUGCGGGAGACGACCGAGAGGUUCCUCUCGCUUGCCCGAGAAGCAAGCGACGAUGAUGCGAAGGAUGGUGAGCCAGACGGCAUCGCGAGCAGCCAUGAGAAGAGGAAACUGGAGAGUGACCGUGCUCGCUCCGACUCGCCAGGUAACUCCAAAAGCGCAGCCCGAACAUCAGCAGCCACCCCCCGUCAGCCCGGCUUGGAGGAGGACCCCAAGACCCUUCGCAGUCGGCUCAUGCUGUCCUACGACCCGACCACCGAAGCAGACUUCGCCCCUGCCAUUACUCUCCCCCAGCAACAUCAAGCCCUCGUGAGCCUUCCUCCACAGGAGAAACCCACCUUUGCCUACGAAGUCCUCACCCACCCGACCCUCGAAAACGCAAGCUUCCCCUUCCAACCCAACCCCGACUUGUCCCUCUUCGACGGGUUCCCGACACCCCCCCUCCUCCAGUCCCCCGCUAUCCCGCACACGUACGCCAACUUCGAGACGACCUUCGGCCGGCGCCUACACCGCUACUCUCUCGAACAGGCCCUCGUCCUCCUCACCAUGCCGAACCCCCCGCAGGCCUUCAUCAAGCGCGUCUUCGGCUUCUGCCUGCAGCUCGAAUCGCCCACCACCAUCCAGCGGCGGCUCCGGCGCAUGCUAGCCCGCGACGCCCAACAAUCCCUCUUCAACUGGCAAUUCCCCUUCUUCAACCUCGGCGGCGCCGGCACCCACUUCGACGACCCCUGCUCCAUCCCAGCGAACUCACCACCCCAAGACGACCAACAACAACAACCAGGCCAACAACCACCACCAGCACCCCCGCACCGCAUGGGCAACCAAGGCACGCAGGACGUGCUCAAGCCCUUCGCCACGGCCGGCUUCGGGACGGGGCCCUUCUCAGCCGAGAUCAACGCCGUGCGCGACCGCGACCUGCACGCCGACAUGCGCAUGGCGCUGCCCGGGUUCGCCGGCGAGUACUUUGACUGCGACGAGGCCGAGAUGUACCUGUACCAGCGCGGCGUGGUCAUCCCGCCCGGGUCGGACGUGGUGACGGUGGAUGUGGAUAUGCGCCAGUUGGGGACGUACCGGGAAAGUGAGUGGCGGGUGGAGACGGUGGAUUUGCUGGGGGGUAGUGGUGGUGGUGGGGGGAGUCCGUCGUCGACGGGGAGUAGUAGUUUGGAGAGUGGUGUGUCGGGGCUGGGUGAGCCGGUGGUGGCGCAGUCGUGGGGGGUGGUUGGUCCGGGUAUGGUGGACCCUUCGCUUGCGGAUGUGUUUUCGCAGGGGACGAAUCCGUUCAUGCCUGCUACCACUAUGGCUGGGUCGUCGUCGAUGGGGGGUGGAGGUGAUAUGCUUCCGUUCGGGCUGGUGGAAGGGGAUAUGAUGGGGACGGCGGGCUAUGGGAUGCAGAACCCGAACCGGCAGAGGGUGGUUGUUGAUGUGAUGCGGCUUGUGAAGGCACUGACCGAGCGGGGGAUAUGCUUGGGCAGGACACCCGGGUUUAAACAAAUGGAUAUUGAUGACGCGUUUUGGGAGUCGGUCAAGAAUGCCUGGCUGGGUGCUUGA